UCAGAUAAGUGAAGUCUGCUAAAGAUGAGGUCUCCGUCAUAAAGAAUGUUCUGCUGCUGGCUCCAUUGGUUAAAUCAGAGAGAAUCUACCUUUAGAAGUGUAUCAGAGGAAACUUACAGCAAGCAUUUGUAGAACGUUAAAAGAAGAAGGUGUCAUUCCAAACUGUCAGAGACAAACUUUUCAACAUGUUUUUGUGAAAAUGAAAGCAUCUCUUGUAAAAAAGACUUUUAGGCAGUAACUAAGAGGAGACCUGGGUUUAAAAGGAAUUGAAAAUCCUAAGACAAUUACAGCCAUUGUUAUUGUUGCAUUUCAUGGCAUAAGGAAGGCAGCUAUCUUCAGAUGAUACAGGACUCACUGACAGUCAUUCUUGCUCCAGUCCUACUUCAUGAGCACUUGAGAAGAUACUAACUGAGUGAUAUUUGGCCAGGCCUAAAAUAUCUUCCACUCCAAAUUUGAAAGUAGUGGAAAAGUUAGACAGUUCUCUCUUGGGAAAAGACUGGUUGUAGUUAAUUCCGAAGUCCACAUUAUUUCAGAUCUCUAAGCAGAUGGUACGUGAACAAUACACAACAACAACACCAGGCACUAGCCUAGAGAGGCCAAAGAAUGAAUAUGUCUAUAAAAUUGGCAUUUAUGGCUGGAGAAAGCGUUGUCUCUACCUGUUUGUUCUCCUUCUGCUGAUCAUCCUAGUUGUGAAUUUUGCUUUGACAAUUUGGAUUCUUAAAGUGAUGUGGUUUUCUCCAACUGGAAUGGGACAUCUGCGUGUUACGAAAGAAGGUCUUCGUCUAGAAGGGGAGUCAGAAUUCUUAUUCCCUCUUUACGCCAAAGAAAUUCAUUCUCGAGUGGUUUGUGUUCUGGAGAAUCAGAAGUGGGACAACACAGGAUGCACAAGGCUUAAAUCAUGGCAUGAGGAUGUGGGUGAGCAGGACUCAUCCCUGCUUCUCCAGUCUACUCACAAUGUGACUGUGAAUGCUCGCAAUUCAAAUGGGGAAGUCACAGGCAGAUUAAAUGUGGGUCCCAAAAUGGUAGAAUUUCAUGGUCAGCAAUUUCAGAUCAGCUCAAAGGAUGGCAAGCCACUUUUUACAGUGGAUGAAAAUGAGGUUGUAAUUGGCACAGAUAAACUUCGAGUCACAGGGCCCGAAGGAGCACUUUUUGAACAUUCUGUAGAAACACCACUUGUGAAGGCAGAGGCUUUUAAACAGCUUAGACUGGAAUCACCAACUCGGUCUUUGAGCAUGGAUGCACCAAGAGGAAUUAAUAUCAAAGCACAAGCUGGGAAUAUUGAAGCUCUUUCCCAGAUGGAUAUCAAACUACACAGCAGUGAUGGUGUGCUUUUGCUUGAUGCUGAAACUGUGCGAUUGCCUAAAUUGCCAGAGGGUACAAGAGGCGGAUCUGGUAUUUCUCAGGGGCUCUACGAGAUCUGUGUUUGUCCGGAUGGAAAGCUCUAUUUGUCAGUGGCUGGCGUGGGCUCCACUUGCCAAGAAUAUAGCCGUGUCUGUCAAUAAAGUCCCAGAAAAUGCCACAUAUUCCCUUGCUAUUCUGAGUUUUAUAUUACUACUAACUGAAAGCAGAAAUUUAAAAAACAAAGCACUUCAGUUUAGGAAACAAAUCUGUAUUUAGAAACCUGGACUAUAAGGUGAAAGGAGAAGCAGAAGAGCACAAGCAACAGCUUCAGAAGAAUGACUUGACUCACAUGAAAUGUUUUGGCAGUACCGUUUUGAAAUCAGCCAUAGGAACAGCAUAAUAAAAAAUAAAAGGAAUAUGUUUCCAACACCGAACUAUUAUUCGGUCAAAUGAUAUUGUUAAAAUUUUUUGAGCUCCAUGUUUUUUUCUCUCACUACAUGUAAACACUUACUGCAUUAGUGGGUGAACGUCAUUUGAAGGAAUUACUUGAACUAUUUGAUAAGAUAAAGCAUUAUACGGGGAAUUCAGAAAGUGCCAGCAAAUGGUCUAUGCAAUUUUGUUCUUGCAAUAACACAAAAUAUGAAAGAAAAUGUGUUUGUAUGAGUUUUGUGCAAAAUGUGUUAAUUUUCUGAUAGCUUUCUAUAUUAAUUUGGCAACAUAUAUGCUCAUUUGCUUAUUACUGAGAUUCACAUGAAAAACAGACUAAUAGAAAAAGCUCCACAAGUUACUAACUUAUACCUUCCUGUGUCUUCAAAGUUGUUAACUGUACAAAAGAGAAAUAUGUUAGUAUAUUUUAUAACAGCAUAGUUUAUUGUACUGCCUGUACUAUCACACUCAUUUAAUCCCUUUUAUAUUUUAGGACAUGCUAAUUCAACAAGACUAUUUGCUCUGCCAGCUGGACUAGCAAAAAGAAAAGAAAAAUCUUUAAUGUAGCUCCAGAUUGUCUGAUAAAAGGAACUGUUUGGGCUGUGGGAGAAAAAAAAUCCUUUUUUGUAGCCUGCAGGAUUCGAUUAAGAGGACUGUGUCACUUCUAUCUGCAGCUGUCGACUGGUAUUUCUGAUCUUAUCAAAGUGAGACCCCAUCACAGAUAGAGUAAAACUACCCUAAUAUUUUUUAUAUUAGGACUUUGAAUAUAGCAUAAAUGCUCACCAGAGUUGACAAAGCAUUUCCUGACCUUGUAGAGAAACGUGACUGCAGACCCAUUUCCCUGUGUAGUGUUGCACUGAAAUCACAAAUAAAUUGUUUGCACACCUCUGGAUAGCAGGAUUUGUAGUUAAUAGCCUGUUGUUUAAACUUCACGGGUUUUAACCCCUUUGAUGCUAUUUUGUAUAUAUUUGCUGAUAGUAUUACCCAGUUAGGAGCUGCUGUCAGGUAGUGCCCUUUGUGUUUGUUUAUAACAAAAGCUUAAACAAUAAUCAUUAUUAAAAUCACAGAGCGUCCAUCCUUUAGAGGAAAAAAAUGUUCAUUCUUAAGGCAGUAGAAUCAGAACAAAGUAAAAGAAUGGGCAAGACUAUACCGUUUAUUAAACUUGCUACUUUGGCUCUAGUAGACAAUCAAAGAAACCAACACUAGGUCAAGAUCCCAAGUACUCACAAGAGACUAAGUGGGGAAAGAGCUCCCAGUUAACAGUAUCUGCUCUUAUUGCGGUAUAGCCCUGGGUUGUCCUUGCCUCAAGGACCGCCUUUGUAUUUUAUCCAACACUGUUAAUGUACAAUACUGAAAUUGCCCUUCAUCAGCUGCGUGGAGCCCACAGCAAUUAAUGCAAACCAGAAGAGCUUCAACAGGAAAGAGUAGGACACACGUGUGAGAGCUGAGCUUUUGGGUCCCUUCAGGCAAAGGAGGCAAGUGAAUCAAGGUCUCUCAUGUUACUUGAAGAGUGCUCUAAUUGCUAACACAUUGCCUAUAGGUUAUCCACAUCUUCCAUUUCUGAAAUUCCCUCUUCCAGGGCUUACACAUCUACCUUCAGGAGUGAGUCCGGGGCUGUUAGCCCAAAAGUGAGCAGUAUCUCUCUACUAUUCAGUAAUGCAAAUAAGCCUUCAGCUGAGACAGGCUUUAACAGAAACCUCUCUUCAGCAUUUCUUUAAGGUCAGCUUAGGUGGUUUCAAUUCAUGUACAAUAUGGUGCAGACCAAAUUAUGAGCAGUCAUUCACUAUAUGGAAAUCUUAUACGUUAUCAGAAAGGACGGCAAAUUCCACUACAUGUGCCAGAUACCUAAGAAUUAUCACUACAAGCAACCUGGAGGGUUGUAACAGUCUUUCAUAGGUCUAGCAUAACAGCAGGACAGGAACUUCAAUCCUUAGACCAUUCAGCCACUAAGUAGUCUCAAAGGCAUCCGAGUUAUCAUUAUAUAUAUUUCUGACAUCAAGGAUACAUAUCUACUCACUUUCAUACAGUACGAAACUACUCAUUCACCUAGUUUAAUCCCUAAAUUUUAGCCAGAUAUUGAAAAUAAGUACAUUAGUCACAAUCUGCCUGUUCUGCUAAGCAAUGGAAAGAUGGAAUUUGAAGCUACACAUCUUAAGCUUUCACUUUGGAGGCACAUUUUCAAAUGUGCUUAUACACUUAAUAUAGAGCUUGAACCCAGGUUUCUCACGUAACACAAGUGUAACCUAACCCCUAAACUAUAAGGCAUUUGGAAGCAACUACUGUUGAACCUUUUCCACUGAAGUUGCUCCAUUUGAGGUAACAUUUACGUAGCUGUAGUAUUCACCUAGGAAAAACACGGUGCACUUCCCUGGCUAAUAACGCUACUGAGCAUUAUGGCACCUCAGUAAGACAUUGCAAAACUGCUGCCUUUCUAGGGCAAUCAUCCUUUUUGACAUACCUAAGUUCACAAGUGAGUUCUGUAGCAAGACAGGAUACUAAACACAUUUCCUGCAAUCCCACGCCAAACCACUAUCCAAAUCACCGAUAUCCUCUUCAAAUCACCAAAUCCUCUUGAUUUUUUCAGCGCCAGUUCUCAUUUUCACUACGCUACAAAACUGACACUGAACACAUAGUUGCAUUGCUUCAGUUGUAAAGGCAAAAACUACAGGCUUUAAAAAGCAUGGGUGGCAACUUCUUUUGUCACUGAAGAAUAUGUUGGGGAUUAUUUUUAAUUAUGGUAAGUGGAGAAAUAAAGUUAUUUCUAAAAUUAUCACAGUGUAAUCAGCUGAUCUUAACAUCUGAAUUGUGGUUGAUCUCAGUGUAGUUUAAACAUCACUAAAUUAUCAUUCACGAUAUCUCCAUGCAGAUAUCUUUCCUUAUGUCUUAUAAUGCUUGCAAAUUAUUGUUUCCAUCUGAAUUAAACAAAAAUACAUGGUUACAAACUAACAGGAAAUUAUGGCACAGGAAAAUGCAAGUAUGCACUUCUCUAGCUUAUUUUGAAAAGUGUCAUGUAAAUGGAGGAAAAAAAAAUACUACCUAGCAUAGUGAACUGUAUCAUUUGCACAGAUAUUUUUUCCCCAAGAAAGAAUAAUUUACAGCAGUUCUUGUUAUAGUUGGGAUUAUUACACAAUGGAAAAAUUAAGAGAUCAAAAUGGUAGUAAAUAUGGGAAGUGGCAAAACACAACACUGUUUCCAUUUCACAGUCCUUUAGUAUUUAUAUUUGUCUAUCUUUAUAUAGCUUUAUGCAUAAGGAAAU